UACCGACGUGGCAAAUUACAAAGGCGCCUCGUAAUUGUUGUGUGUAGUUUUGAGGCCGUUCAAACUCUCGUCUAGCCUCACCAUCAAUAUUCAAACAUGUCCAGCGGUCUAGUCCCCGAAAUUCCUCCUCCAGGAUUCUCCUUCGAUCUCUGCCAAAGGAAUGAGUCCUUAAAUAAGAAGGGAUAUUCAGCCCCAAUCGCUCAGAAAACUGGAACAACAAUUGCUGGGAUUAUCAUCAAAGAUGGAGUUGUUCUUGGUGCAGACACCAGGGCCACGUCUGGAAAUGUCGUCGCUGACAAAAACAGCCAGAAAAUUCAUUUUAUUGCUCCAAACAUUUUCUGUUGUGGUGCCGGAACAGCCGCAGACACUGACAAGACUACAGAGAUGAUCGCCAGCCAGCUGGAGCUCCACCGUUUGAACACCGGACGUGUUGUUCGUGUGGCGAGUGCAGAUAAAUUAUUGAAACAGCAUUUGUUUCGGCAUCAGGGGCACAUUGGAGCUGCUCUGGUGCUGGGAGGAGUUGACAUCGAUGGUCCACAUCUUUAUUCUCUCUUUCCUCAUGGAUCCAGUGAGAGAUACAUGUUUACCACUAUGGGAUCCGGAUCUCUGGCUGCUAUGGCGGUUUUUGAGAGCAGGUGGAAGCCGAACAUGAGUGAAGAGGAAGGGAAAGCUCUAGUAGCUGAUGCAAUUCGCGCAGGUGUCUUCAACGACUUGGGCUCUGGUAACUCCAUCGACAUUUGCGUGAUUCGUAAUACAGAAAUUCGUGGGGCCAAUUUUGAUCCUCGUGCUGCCGACUACAUUCGUCCUUAUCAAGUGGCCAACGUCAAGGGCCAGCGUUCUGGACAUUAUCGUUACAAACGCGGUACUACAGCCAUCCUGGAUAAAAGUGUUCGUCCAGUCAUCGUCGAGACAGAAACUAUCCGACGAAUUGAACCAGAAUCCAUGGAUACUUCCUCGUAAACGAUUUCCAACCGCAUUCACGAUGUUUUUUUACAUUAUUAUUAAAUUAUCUGAUUUUUUGUGGAUUCUUUAAGCAAUAAACGAAUUUCUUCGACUUUCAA